AUGAGCAGCUGGUGCAAAGACACCCCCCUCCCACUCCCCGCCGCGGAGGGGAUUCCAGACCCCUUUAGAUGUAUGGAGAAGCUGAACACGCUGGCCAUAUCGGUGAUGAACCAGUGGCCCGGGGUGAAGCUGAGGGUGACGGAAGGCUGGGACGAGGAAGGUUACCACGCCGUGGACUCGCUGCACUACGAGGGCCGCGCCGUGGACAUCACCACCUCUGACAGGGACCGCUCCAAGUACGGAAUGCUGGCGAGGCUGGCCGUAGAGGCGGGCUUCGACUGGGUCUACUAUGAAUCCAGAGCGCAUAUUCACUGUUCUGUCAAAUCAGGAGUGACCAUCUGCCGCCAGGAGCUAAUAUUGAAUCGCGUUAGGUCAUCCAACCAGCCAGCCCUGUCUAGAACGCCGGUAUUAGUCACAUUGCUGGCCUUAGAACAGACAAAGCCACUCGCAAGGUCGACAAUCCCAUGUCCUUGGAUCAACGCAUAA